CCGAUGGACGUGCAGCAGUUGCAAAGGGAAAAACGUGAGCUGACCAUGCAACUGGAUCGAGAACAGAACGAAAAGCAGGAACUUUUCUUACAGGUUAUCCGGCAUAUUCCAAAGAUUCAAACACAACUGAACAAUGAUGUUCACAGUUUGCAAGAGGAAUUGCGCAGGAAAUCUCUUGAGAUGGACUCGGCCAAAGAAGAUGCCAAACAACGGUUGGCGUUCGUUGAAGAGGAAAAGUCGAAACUUCAAGAGAACGUCGAGACACUGCAACAAGAUCUCGAAAUGAAAGCAGCCGCUUUGCAAAGUAUGAAGCUUGCUAAGCAGGUAACGCCUUUGAAGGGGUUCUAUCAUGUAACAGCAAAUGAUUUUGUAUACCGUGUUCAAUUUCGACAUGUGUCUCGUUCUGAUCUGCGUUAG